AUGGAGAGCCCAGCCGUGGGAGCCGUCCUCGCUGUGCUGGCCUCGCUCAUCAUCACCGCCAACGCGCUGGUGGCCAUCGCUCUCCUUUGCCUCAUCCAGAAGACCGGCUCCAAGGGGCUCUAUUUCGUCCUUAACCUCGCCGUCGCGGAUGCCGUGGUCGGCUUCACGGUGACGGGGCUGGCCGUAGACAAGCUUUCCCAGCCCUUCCACCCUCCCCAGAUCUUCUGCGUCCUGAGAAUGGCUUUCGUGACCUGCUCUUCCGCUGCCUCUAUCCUGUCGCUGCUCCUGGUUGCGUGGGACAGGCACCUGGCCGUCAGGAAGCCUUUCCACUAUUUCCAGCUGGUGACGGGCCUGCGGGUCGGCGUGCGCUUGGUGGGGCUCUGGCUGGUUGCUGCCGCCAUCGGCUUCCUCCCGGUCCUCAACCCGGCCUUUCAGAUCCCCACCCAGGAGAAGUGCUCCUUCUUCGGGGUCUUCCACCCUGCCUACACGCUCACCGUCUUCUGCGCCGGCUUCUUCCCAGCGCUCUUGCUCUUCAUUUACCUCUACUGCGACAUGCUGAAGAUUGCCUCCGUGCACGUGCAGCAGAUCCGGGAAGUGGAGCAGGCAGGGCUGUGGGGAGCCCAGAACUGGCCACAGGAAGCUGCGCGUCUUCCCGGAGACACAGCCCAGCAUCUGCUUCCAGAGGUGAAGACCACCGACAGCAACCUGCCACGAGAGAAGCUUUUCUGCAGCUUCAGCUUUCCUCCGCGUGUGUUCGCGGUGUCCGGUGGGAUGUGGUUGGAGCUGAAGCUGAACGGCAGUCGGCUGGAACGGCGGAAGGGAGGCGAUCUGUUCUGA